CGAUAGCAACUUUUCUGUGUGUGGACUUUAUAUGACAACCUAUUUUGAAGCAGUGCAAUUACCACUAAGUACCACAUUGUCAGGGAGGAGUGGUACACCAUCUAAAAGUAAAAUGCCAGACAAGACAAAAGACGGGUGAUAUGCAUAAGAUGUCAGCGGGCUUUCCAAAUCCUCGGGACAAUGUGGAUGGCAUUGUUAUGUCGAAGUCUACGCAGGCGACGGCUAUUACUCAAUUUCAGAGUAUGAUCUUGCCAAACGUACCUGUCAGAAUGACCACUGGUUCUCAGGACUUCUCCGUUACUAGCGGCAGUUCUUUGACAUAUCCUCAAACAACUGGUCACUAUUCAAAUCACCAGAGUAUUUUCAACUUCAGUGAAGGAGCUUUCAGGAAGGAAGAAAAGGAUGCCCAUUUGGGAUCGAAGGUGGUAGAGGCAACUCAGUCACCCCCUGUCAAUAUGAACCAUUUUCAGAAGUCUUUUACCUUCCCUACUCAGGCUGUGGACUCGAAAUCAGGGAUUGUGGCGAACGUGAGUGUUGCCGAUGAAAAGGGCAUGUCCCCGUUGUCCAUCGUGCCUAUGUCAUAUCAAGACGGUGGUCAACCAAGCCCUGCUUCGUCGACGCAGAGUUUACCAAACAACCAGGCCUUGCGCUACCAGGCUUCGGGACGUGAUGCCAUGCUCAGUGCCAUUAACUAUAAUGAGGCUGAAAUGUUACAUGAAGGGGGGUUCGAUGUCACAGGCAACUUAGGCAAUCUUGACGACGGCUUGCUGAGUGGGAUGACGAGUACCCAAAAUCCUCCAAAUUCAAAUCCGUUUGAUUUAUUCGACGGUGACGGGAACGUGAAUGAUGCUUACAACAUGGAAGCAACCCAAGAUCUCCAGUUGCCGUCAGAUUCAUUUCCGGAGCACUCGUCUGGUUUUAACAUGAGUGACAACAGCAAUCUUAGUGCUGCAGGGGAGCAGGAGAGGCAAGGCGCAAGUGAUGAUGGCUGCAACAAUGCAAGCACAGAAUCUCAAGCCGGGCCUGUACCUCAACCGAUUGGAAUUGACAAGCGGCCAAAGUCCAAGAGUGGACGACCUGGGCGGGGCGGCCGAUCGCCGGGGAGUCGGCCAAACUUGCAAUGCCCAACGUGUGGGAAAACGUUCAAUAAUUCAAGUGCAAUAGCCAAACACAAGUUGACUCAUAGUGAUGAGAGGAAGUAUGUGUGUCACCUUUGCUCAAAAGCUUUCAAGCGUCAGGAUCACUUAAAUGGCCAUAUGCUUACUCAUCGAGACAAGAAACCCUAUGAGUGUAAAUUUGAAGGCUGUGAUAAGAGUUACUCCGAUGCAAGGUCACUGCGGCGCCACCUUGAGAACCACCAUCAAAACAUGGACCCAAACAUGCAAUACAGCAAUGGCAGCCGUUACGGGCCACCGCCAUUCCUGGCUAGUGCUUCCAAUACUAGUAGCUCAGAUUUCAACAGUAGUGCCAAUACAAGUUCAACUUCGAAUCAGGGCCAGUAUUUCCAGUUUGAAAAACCUCAUUACCAAGGUGCUAGUCAGAAUCAGCUUGACGGGCAGUCGACGUGGCAGGGACAAGGUCAGGGUCAUGGUCCUGUGGCGUAUCGGAGCGGCGAUCGGUCACCGGGCUACUUGCAGCAGAUCAGCCCAAUCAGCCCCGCUCCUGGACAGCCGCAGUCUCAUCCUACUAGCCCGAUGCAUGGUGCGCCGCCAGUGAGACCUCCUUGGAGUAUCAACCCUUAUGAGUCAAAACCUGGUGAAAGAAAAAUGAUGGGUGAAGGACCAAAGCCAGUAGAGUGUAGUUUGUGUCACAGACGGUUUAAAAAUAUUCCCGCCCUGAAUGGUCAUAUGCGGCUCCAUGGAGGAUAUUUCAAGAAGCAGGAUCCUACUCCACCUACCAUAAGUGUCAAGAAAGAGAAUUCAUCUGAGACGACAGAAAAGCAGAACGGCAUCACCACAGCUAGAACUACCGUGACAGGCACACCAGUAGCGAGUUCGUAUCCACACUACAAACAGUCGUUCCAAGGUGCUCAGCAGCAGCAACAACUGCCCGCACAGCAGCAACAACUGCCAGCACAGCAGCAACAGAUACCAAGCCGCUCUGGUCAGAUGUUGCCACCACCACAGCCUACGCAUGGUUACCUAUCCCAGAGACAAAGUGCAGCUGUCCAACAGCACCAGACGGCUAUUCAACAACAACAGAGCAAUUCUCAGCAAGUUGGAAUGCAGCAGCAGGUGAAUGCGUCACCUCAAGUGUCGGUGUCUCAGCAGCCCAACCUACAGCAGUCAAACAUUCAGCGGCACCAGGCAAUCCAACAUGCCUUGCAGCAGCAUACCCUUCAACAGCAGACGCAGGCUCUGCAUCAACAACAACAGCAGACGUCGCUGUAUCAGUCACCGUUUGUUUCGACAUCUGAUCAACUGUCUCGACCAAACCUAUCAGCUAUCCAGGCCCAUUUGAAUAAUCCAUCCAAUAAUAUCUCAUCAGCUGCGGUCACCCAGGACCAGCUUCUCUCACAGUCGUCACAGCUUGGCGUCACAUCGUCAUCAGGGAGAGAGUUGUCGCAAUCGAACCAGAUGAAUAUCAACUCCGGUGCCGAUCUCAGUGAUCUGAAACUUAUUUCGUCUGUUGCGGCAGGGGUAUACCCAUCUGCUCCUGUCAAUUCGAUUGCACCGUCGUUACAGACGCUACUCCAGAGUAACGCUCUGCCGCCAGCUGCUUCUCUUGCUACAGGGUCCAAUGAUUUAGUCUCACAGCAGUUGGCAAUGGCGGUCAUUUCAGAGACACAGAACUCAUUGUCACAGAGUAUCUUGCCAACAACGGCUAGUGGGACGAUUACCGAUUCAAUGCUAGAGGACAGUGCUAGUCAGUUACGGAACAGGUUAGAUGCCAAUACCAUCACUAGCAUCAUGGAAGACAAUGUGUUGCGUCAGAAGUUCUUGGAGGGUUUUGGGAACAUUUAUUUAGCUAAUGACAAACUUCAGAAUAUUCCAGAAUUUGCCGUGCCAGAUCCUAUGGAGCCUCACCAGCAUCACAAUGAUACUGGUGGUAUGUUUCCACCCAUUAGUGACUUCAUGUCUGAUAGAAAGCCGCAGCUUACCGAGAGUGAAAUCGGGAAACAGUUGUCCAUAAAGUCGCCAACUUCAGGGCAUACUUUUUCUUUCCCUGACCGUGCUCCGUCACAACUCUUUAACAUGCCUCAAGACAUGGAUGUUCUUUAUGUAAACAACAUGAAGCCUAAAACUGAUCUGAAUGAACGCAAGCGGCAUAUGAGCGCUGAUCCAGAUAAAUUUACAGCUCCAAAACGGGCACGGAACGUCCAAAAUAGCCUUACAACAUUGUUGCAGAAUCGUUUGUACAAGCGUCAAGAGGAACGUGCCUUACAGGCUCACAAUACUAGAAACGACAAUGAAGUCGCUCGGACAUUUAAAAUAAAGGAGGAAAUUCAGGGUGUUCAAAAGCCUAAAUUUGAUGACGAGGUAUUUCAGCGGCCAAGGAGUAAAGCCGAGGAACCUAUGAAACGACCAAAUAGUAGACCUGAGGACCUGUUGUCAAAGUCCUGUCCAGACACUGGUGCUCUAUUCCGUAAUCCUACUAGUCUGCAGACCAGUCCACUUCGGGGGAGGCGUAAACCUCGUCCGGAGCCUCUGUUUAUUCCUCCUCAUGUUAAUACUUUCGGAUUCGCAAGUCGCUUACGAUCGCCCCGACUGUGGGAUGGUGACAUGAGGAAUAUGUCAGCACGCGGGAUGACGCCACCACCGUACACACCUCCACCCAUGCUUAGUCCGGUCAGGAAGGGAGCUGGGUUAUUCUGGAGCAUUCAGCCGAUACCCUAUCGACCAGUGACACCCAAGUCUGCACCACUCACACCCAAGCUCAGCAUAAGUAGGAGAAGUAGUACAAAUAGUCUUGUAUCUGAAGUUCUACCGGAGGAACCAGAUGAGGAACCGCCACCAGAAACCGAUGUCAAACCGCAUGUAAACAUUGGUACUCAAUAUCAAGCAGAGAUUCCUCAUUUUAAUGCUAACAAGCGUGAGAGUUUGAAGACCGUUUCUGAGGAAGACCUGGUGUGGGCCCCCAGCAGCUGCGCUGACAACACAGAGGAAGAACUUCAGUGCUAUUUGGACUUUGCGUGCUGUGCUGCGAUACCUGGCAAUGGUAACAACAAAGAAUAUGCGGUCCAUUUGCUUCAUCUUGUUGAGGGCGAUAUACAUAAAGCUUUAAGGAUGCUGAUGCAGGGUGAGGCCAGAUACCCCAAAGGACAUUCAUUGGCAUCAUAUCGUUAUCAAGAGUCCGACAGUUGGUCGACUGAAGAAAUCGAGACGUAUCAUCAAGCACUACUCAAGUGUGAUAAGGACUUCUUUAGUAUCGCAGUCGAGAUCAAGAAAACGACAAAGCAGUGCAUUGAGUUCUACUACCUGUGGAAGAAGGUUUGUCCCGAUGAGUACAAACGCCUCCGCAUCCUCCGCCGUAAGAGGGAACAAGAUGAAAUGUACAAUCUGCGCUCCCAAGCCAAGGCCAACGCGGAGGCGCAGCAGCAACAACUACAACAACAACUCCCAAACCAGGACGAUGAUGAGGAUGACGAUGUGGAUGACAAGAAUAACAACAAUAGUUGUAACAACAACAACAACAAGUCGUCUGAGGUACGACCAUCGCGCACCAAUCGUAAUAACAAUUAUCGUACUGCGACCGAGAAUGAUGCGUCCUUCAACUGUGAUUAUCCUAAUUGCUCAGCUAGCUUCAAUUCCAAACAAGCUGUCUCGGCUCAUCAAAGAGUCCACACUAAUAAGGACAAUCUUGAUGUAAACCACAUGGGCGGCAGUCGUGGCAAGAGUCCGAGCAACAAUCGUAAGCCCAGCACCGUGGGUCCGCCAUCCAAUAAAUCAGCAGCGUCUGAUGAAUUGGAAGAAUUUCCAUGCCGCAUCUGUGGAAAGGUGUUCAACAAGAUUAAGAGUCGUAGUGCUCACAUGAAGAGUCAUCGGCCAGUUGACGACAAGCCCAAAGCAAAAGGUAACGGCUGAGAACCGACCGACGGGCAGUGGUCUUAAUCUUGCAUCCGGCAUUGAUUGAUUGAUUGACGUGCAGGAGGUGCGACGCAGAAUCAUGACACUUGAGGAGGUGUGGUUAAAAAUCCCGUAGCAAUCGGACGUAGAGACUAUUUCAAGUCGAUCACGGACUGUAGAUUUAGAAUGAAAGGAGAAGCUCCAUCUGUAUGCAAUGUAAUGCUAGAUAAUCUAGGUUUUGGUGUAGGAUCCAAUGAUAUCUUGUGUGGAUUUUUUGAGUAAAAUUAGGUGACCAAUUGGUUAUCAGUAGGUUGAUUUUGAAUUUGAAAGGACGCAAAGAAUUUUCUGUGUAGUUCGAAGGCAGAAUGAUUGUCCCGUGCUAUUUUCAUUGAAAAGAAUGAUUGGUUGACACUUUCAAACCAGGACAAGUAUAUACUGCUCCAUUUUAAACUUUUAUAUUGAAUCUGCAAAUUUUAUACUGAAUUUAUUUAUUGGUAGCAGAUGAUACUAUCAAAGUUAAUUUAGUUUAGAUAAGUCGGAGCGUAGUUUGAACUAUUCAUAUAUAUUAUACAUAUACCCCAAUUAGGUCCGUUUGAGAUGGACCUUCGUGUAUAUAUUUCUUGUACAUAAGAUUAAACACUGCCAUUUUUAUUAUUGUGUGGUAUGUCCUGUGAUAGCUGUUUCAUGGAAAGGCUUUUUAGUUCUACCAGUAGUAGGAUCACACCUGUAUAUUUUGUACAUAGACUAUCUGUAUACAUACUGUGUAAAUGUACUGUAGAUGUGUUGAGUGUACAUAGCCAUUGUAGAGUAGUAGUACAUAGUAUUCCAGAUCGGUUCACAGCCUAGGUACAUACACAUAAGGGAAUUGGGCUUGAAGUGACGCAAGGAUUUCAUCAGCGAUCAUGUUCUGUGAUUUAAAAUAGGGUUAUAUCAUAACAUAUUUUCACAAAAUAUCUCAGUAAAUGGCACAUUCGAUGUUUUUUACUUAGUCAGUUGAUUAGCGGGGGCAGGGAAAACAGAAGGUUUGUUAGUAAGCCAUUAUUUUUAUCUGGCUGUUCACAGACUGCAAAAAUCAUGGAUUAUUUUUUCGUACUUCAUCACCAUCUUAUCAUACUUGUAGCUCAAAACGUUUAUUAAUAUCUCAUGAUUAAACAUUGAUUGUAAAUGGAUUGGCUUGAACUUAUUUAUCGGAACAUAACCUGUGGCUGGAACGAAAUGUAGUUCUUUAAAGCUUCGACUGUGAACUUCCAACUCGGUUUCAAAAAACCUAUUUUGCUAUCUUCAGGAUCAUUUAUGUGAUCAUCUAACCCUUCAAUUGUAUAAAGAUGUAAAGAUCAUUUCCGUGAAUGAUAUGGACUAUCAUAGAGAAAUAAGAAGGUGUGCAGAAGACUUUUUCCUAUGAAAACUAUAAAGUUAUUGCAUUUGAUGUACAUUUAUCAGACGUCUGUUUCAUAAAAAUAUGUCGCAUAGAUUAUCUGAACCAAUCAUUUAAUAAUACAUUGUAAGCUAACCAAUAUUUCCAAUGAUAAUAUAAAAUGUAGCCAGUUGUACUGACUAGAUAUCGAUCUGUAAAGUGAGGGCAUUGGUGAAGGUAUUUGAUUAAUUUACUUCUUCCUACAUAAUUGAAUACAUAUACAGUGGAACCCCGGUUGGCGACCACCUCAGUAACGCGACCACCCCGCCAACGCGACCACGAUUGUCCGGUCCCGAAUGGUUUCCUCUCUAAUUACCAUUAAGAGACCCCCGCUAAGACGACCACACCGGUACCCCGACCGCGACCACUGGCUUGGCCGGUCCCAAACUGAAAAUCAACCCCGCUAACCCGACCACUAGGCCUAAUUGCCGUAAUCGGUCGCGACCGCGGCAUAGUAAUUAGCACCUCGCUGCCAAGCUUUGUUGAGACGGGGACAAUGGGCAUGGGAAUACAGAUGAAAACAAAAAAUACAAUGUGAUUUUGCAGGUAUGAUCAAUUGUAUAAGUGUAA